AUGGUGCUGUGUUCUAAUCCCUGCGUGUCCGGGUCGGGAGGGGAGUCGUCCGGCAGUGAGGCCUCCUCCUCCUCCUCGCAGUUCGGCGUGCGCUCGUACCUGCACCACUUCUACGAGGAGUGCUCUUCCACCAUGUGGCAGAGGAACCUGGAGGACCAAGGCUUCGUCCAGAGCCAGAGAUCAUCCCUGUGGUGGAACUCAGCCAUCUGGAAGGUUUCCGUGGCUCUGGGUCUGCUCAUCCUCACCGCGGGCGUCGCCAGUCUGUCGGUCGGUUACUCCACCCCUCACAAAAUCGAGUCUUUUGGGGAAGGCGACCUCUUCUUUGUGGACACCCAGGCGAUUAACUUCAACCGGGGGCUUCACCAGAGCAGGGCGGCCGGGAUCGGGCUGUCCUGCCUGGGGGUGGCGCUGGCGGCCAUGGGGCUGGCGGUCUGGGUGCUGCCUCGGGCCGACUGGAAGACCCGGCUAUUCCACAGAGCAGAGAGCGGGGAGGGCAGAGGGGAGUGGGCGCCUAAAUGGAUGGGGUUUAGCGAUGGAGGGGAUGUAGUCACCAAGCCGCCGGUUUUAGACGAGAAAAAAGUCCCUGUAACUCUGUCGAAAGUGGAAAACGUGCAACCAGCCUCGUAA